AUGUCACUCCAGCCACCGUCACUCAAACAUUGGCCACACUCCUUCGACGAGAGAUAUAUAUACAGGCGUUUUGACAUAGAAGAUAGCCCCGACGACCAUCAGGUUCUCCAUGGCUUAGCACAAGAGGUCUUUGAUAUUGUAGCGGUUGAAGCCCUCGACGAUGGCAGAGCUAUCAAUAAUAUUUUCCGAUCAAGUUACUCACGCACUAGAAUCCAAUUCGAGUGGCGCAAGCGAAUACCGAGGUUACCAGCCGCUGUUAGAAAUCACGUCACGGACGUUGAUAUUCUCACUGGGGCGCUUUAUAAAUACCUCAAUUGUAUCCAAGAUGACUUACAAAAGGAGUUUGAGAGACAGCUAAAAGAAGAACGAGCAGCAAAAGCAGCAGCACAAGCAGCGGGCGGAACGAUGGUACCUGGAAAGACAGUAGGUGGAAAGGCAGCAGGUGGAAAGACAGCAGGCGGAAAGACAACAGGAGGACAGGCAGCUGGAGGACAGGCAGCGGAACCAAGUACUGCAAAGCAGCCAUCAGAAAGGUCAGUACAAAAGCAACCAGAACAACCGAAGAAAUUUGACUAUUGUCGGCCCUACAUAGUCCCCAAUGGUGAUGUCCAGAUCAUCCGGGCAGAUCACCCUGACAUGCCGAUUGCCAUUAGGGUAGGUGACUUUUUAACUGAGAGAGAAAAUCCACAGGAUGUAUGCCCAGAUGGGGAUUGGAUCAACAUCGCCAACAUCAAAUUCGACGUGUUCAGAGCAAACCUCGUCCAAGAAGGCUAUCUGGUAGGCGGGGACACAAUUUGGCUACACCAUCUCUCUCUGGACCAAAUUAAUCCUGCGUUGAUUGCUAACCCACAGGCUGGCGAGGUACGGCUGGCAUCCUUCAAUCUCGCAUCUACACUCCUGCGAACUAUCCGUGAGCAUUGGCCUAAACUUCGAAAUCCCUCCCCUGAUCCCUAUAGAGGUACUAGACGCUCACCUUUGCCUAGACCAAAUAUGACUAUUAUCAUCCGGAGUGGAAAUAUAACAGGUGGUGCCCUAUCUGCUAAACAACCAGCAUUAGCUCGUCCCACUGAAAAAGUAGGUAGUAACACGCUCGCUCCUAACCGCCGUUCUGAACAGGUAGCCCGAUAUGCGGCCAGUAGACACGCCAAAACCAAGCGAAAGAGGGCAGAGGCGGAAGCAGAAGCAACAACAGGAGCAGCAACAGGAGCAGAGGUAGAAAUGGCAGCGGAGACUGGAGCAGAAACCGAGGCUCAGAUGAAUGCUCCAGAGGCCCAGAGAAGAAAGAUAGGGGUAGCACCCAAAACUGUCACCGUCCCCGCUGCUGGCCCUGCCCCUGGUCUUAGUCCUGGUUCUGGUCCUGGUCCUGCUUCUAGUCCUCUUUUCGUCCCUGGACCUGGCCUCAGUCCUGGUCCCACUUUCGCCCCUAGUCCACCUUUUGCCCCGGCCCCUGGCCUUAGUCCUCUUUUUGGCUUUGUCCCUGGCCUUAGUCGUGGCCCUGGUCCUGCUUUCGCCCCUGCUCCUGGCGAGGAGCAACAAGAGGAAGGAGGCGACCAAACAUCUUCUUUGUUCGAGCUUUUACGUCCUAUAAUCGUUGAAACGGGACAUGGGGGCGAUUAUGGCCUCGAGCAACAACCCCAGGAAGGUGGUUGCGAUAAUUCUUCUUUCCAGGCACUUUUAGAUGCUCCACUCUUUACCACAGAAGAACUCACAAGCGAUGAUAGAGCUGCCAUGCAAACAUUCCUCGAGGAGAAUCAAUGGGCCGAAGAACCGAUUGAAGAGGGAGACCCGAUGGAGGAGGAUUGA